AGUAGGAGUCAAAGUGGGGCGCGAUAAUGAUGGGAAUAGUGGGGAAGCACUAGGAGAAGCACGGUCUGUUCACUACCGCAGUCGCGAAGUGGCAGUGGUGGUGGCGUGAGCUGGUUAGGUAGACGUUAUUGGGAGAUAUAGCGAGAACAGGUAGACGUAAUAGGUGGAUGCGGAAGCCCCGAUAAUUAUGGCUCACGUAUGAGCAUGAUACGAGUCUACUCGUUAUUCGGUCCUCAGGCCCGGCUGCUCAUCCGUCUGCUUGACAUCCAAAAUUGACAGACGGUUCGACGAGCUCCGGUGGCGAGUCAACACCCGAGGAACUGUGAAAAGCCGAAGAACGAAAUAUAAAUCCGAGAUCAUAGCUAUCUCCUCCACGCCUUUUAUUUUCUUUUCUACCUUGUUAUUCGCGGCUUGGGCUGCGUGAUGCGGAUUGUGCCGUGUCAGUUUAAUCAUUACAUCAAGGAGGAAGCUGCUCUUGACUGUGAUAUUCUGAAGAUACUGGAGGGAAACAGUAUACUGUGGGUGAAUACGGAAGUGUGCGAAUUACUCCGGGUACCAGUAGUUUGGCCCUUGGUAACAACAGAGCAGUUAUUCUCGUGUUUCUAAGGAUUCAUAAUUUCGUAGAGGACGACGAUCACCAGGGAUUAUUUAAAUAUCCUGGUAGCUCAUGUAUCUUGGGGACAUCAGGAUGGCGUUGACGAGCGCGCGAGUCAGCAGCGACGCUCGGCUUCGCCAUCGAGUAAAUUUCUAGAGUUGCGGAGAGGGGGGGAGAGAGAGAGAGAGAGAGAGAGAGCAGAAGAAAAAAGUAUCGUGCGAUCCAGUGACUUGAAAUCGUAGCGACAUACUACCUCAUGAUCCACACUUUGAUUUCUCGCUGCAGUAUAGACAGGCGAGACGUGGCAGUAAGGCAGGUAGGGCACGCAGUCAGGUAGACGAAUAAAUACCAACGUUCCUCGGACAAAGUAGUGAUCGAGCCACGAGUCGACAGAAUGUCACUUGUAACCUCAAGAGUUUGAUCGUUUAGAGUUAUUUAGACGAGCUGGAAAAUAUUUGCGAACAGACGGGCCAUGGUGUAAAUAAGAGGGAAAAUUAGAUGAAGUGUCAGUGAGAAGAGUCGUGGAUUUGCGAUUAAAGAGAAGAGAAUGAAAAUCUCAUCGAAUCAUCUUGUACCUCCAUUCUGUGCCGUGUAAUCCUGCUAACGUACUUCACUCUUUGUUUUUUUUAUUAUAUUCGUGCAGAGACGCUCGCCUGUAUACGUACCUUGAGUUCGUGUCUCACUCUUCGCCUGGGUUUGUAUCCCAGCCAGACGGGUACGCAGACCUGAGGAAGGACGCGGAACGUAAGCGGAAGAGGAAAAAAGGCAAAAGAAGAGAGUAAAAGUGCGAGAGAAGAAGCAGAAGCUUCUCUUCAACGAUCCAUCCAUAAGGCGUCCUACACAACGCAUUCAUUUUUAUUCCUUCGCAACGAUCUUGACGCAACACGCACCCGUAACCACUUGACACACCACUCGGUCACGAUUUUAUUCCGUCGCCUUGAAAUUUUUACGAUACGAUCUUGUACAUUCCUCUUCUGAAGUGUACUCUACAUUGUCAGUGUUAUCAUAAGCGUCAUUAUCGUCGUUAUUAUCAUCACCAACGUCGUCUACGUUGCUUUUGAUAUAGUCGUCGUUGGUCAGAAACGGAAGGUGCUCUUGCCCGAAAUAAACAGCUUGGAAAUACAUGGCAUCAAAGCGACCACCGUGAACAAGAGGAAGGCAGUGUCGCGGAAUCGUGUGGUGAUCGUCGUCGUGAAGGUGUUAGUGAAAGUGUUAGUUGUGGCGGUGACGGUGGUGCUGGUGGUAGUGCCGAGUGACGUAAAAUCAGUAAACUAUGCUGAAGUUUUUAACGCACAAGCUAAGAACUCACUCGCUGAACGAGGAUCCAAAUCAGGAGAAGACGGACGACGAUCACGACUCUGGCACCGAGUCUGACGACGAGUUUCAGGAUGGCACGGGUAUCGGCGACGAGCCGUCCAGUCCCAUGGAGAGUCUCGGGAGUCCAGCCGCUCCAGACAGUGCUGUACCCUCUGAUUCAGACUUCGGUGCUCCGCCUCCACCUCCUUUUGGCUUCCUACCUCGGGACGGUGUUGACGAUCCUGAGGACGAGGUCGAUCCCGCUAAUAAAAAUGGUCCACUCGACCCCUGCCGAUCCCGGAGAACGGAUCUUCUCCUUUUGCUGAAUUACAACGAACAGCACAGCUCGGAAGAGGAGCUCGAGGUUAUCAACAGUCCCAAGACCGUAGCGAGCCAGGGUUGCAGACCAGCGACCGCCCCUGAGAAGCGAAAGUGGUCCCAGGUCAGCAGCAGCAAUACGCAUACGCACACGCAGACCCAGACCCAAAGUCAACCUCAGCAACAGCAUACGCAGCAGCAACAGCAGCAGCAGCAGCAGCAGCAGCAGCAGCAGCAGCAGCAGCAACAAUUGUCAUUGUGUACCGACGUCAACACAGUGGUAACAACGUGCUCGGCACCGGCCAGUAGAGCUGGGAGAGAACCUGCUGGUUCUGGAUCGAGUGACGAGGAGGUACAAGGACUCCUCGGUAGCAGAAGCGGAAGUGGCGGUAGCGCCAUCUCUCAACCGGUACAAUUUCGUACCUCGCCACCGGUCGACGCGCACAAACCAGGACGUUCGCUGUCGCCACCGCCGAAACUUUUUCACGCAUCCACAAGAGAUCCGCGACCUUCACCACGGCCAAGGUCUAGGCCAAGGCCUCAUCCUCAUUCGCACUCGUAUCUUCACACGCACCUAGACCAUCAUCAUCACCACCACGUGGAGACAGACGCAGACGCCGUAAGCGCCUGCAGUCCUCGUAAGCGUCAUCGGCCACCUCAUCGUUUGCCCAGGCCUUGCCUCGACUUUGAGAAGAUGCAGCAGCUCAAAGCACGAGCGGUUACGGCCUGGAGACACAGCGGGGAGCACGGCAGCGAACUCUCGGUCUUCUGCUGGUGAGAAUGGUGAGCCGUGAGCCGGGGAUCUCUUCGAGGAUCUACGGUGAUCGGUAAUCGGAUAAAUUCUUACCUCAGCGUCGCGGGACGAACCUGGUGCUCAUUCACGUCGUAUUCGCGACGAGGAUCAUUCAUCACGGAGGAUUAUAAUUUCGCCAGGGUGGAGGUAUUCGCAUACCUUAACUCUUCCUCAAGAGCCACUACCGUCAGCAUUGACCUUCUCAUUGUCUUUAUUGACCUUCUCGUCGUCAUCGUCAUCAUCACGGAGACCUGCAGCAAGAAGAAGGUUCAGACUUCCCUUCGGCAUCCUCGAGGACGUGCUUCAGCUCCGUAACGAAUCUCGAGAGUACCGGCUACGUGGAAAGAGGCCGAGCUGACGGGGAUGCCGGAGGCGAAGAAGCGAUGCCAGCGGAGGAAGUCGGCUGAAGCCGAAGGAGGCGGCUGUAGAAGAGGCCAGAGAGAGAGACUGCGGAAAACAAGAGGAGGAGACCAACGACGGUAGAAGCUCGUGCAGCGUCGCGACCGGAGGAGACAGCCUGUGCUGCUCCUCGAAUUUCUUCUACUGUUCGUGAACGAGGCGAAACGGACGGAGGAACUUUUUUUUUGUAAUUUUUUAUUAAAUACCCGAUAAGGAAUGCCGAUCAGCGCUGCGCCGAAGGGCCACGGAUUUUUGGUAAAAGGAACGCGGUGGUUCGCCUACUGUAUCGUCGGUGGUAAAUCUGCGAUUGGAUUACACGCGCGAUUGGCCGGGACGAACAAGCGGCAAGGCACGAGAGAGAUAGACGUAUGCGCUGAACGAGAGCCGAAAAGAAAUAGAGCGAUUGUCGACGAAAGAUACAACUAUAUAGAUAUACAAAUAGAAUAUAUAUGCGUAUACAUAUAUGUGUAUAUAUAUACAUAUAAUACAAAGCUUGUAUGUGCUUUUGUAUAUAUACAUGUAUAUACACAAAUUACGUAUAAUUGAAAUAUAUGAAUCAUAUUAUUGGUAACGAUUACUAUUGUACCGUUAUACGUUAUGUAUAAUCAGGGGGGGGGGACGAGGAGCACCGAUAAUAAUAAUAACACGCGAGGAGGAGCUGGGAUAAGAAAAAUGCGAAAGGGGGAACAAAAAUAAAGAGACGCUCGAGCGCGAAUUCGUUAUCCUCGAGGAUUUUCGUUUUUCUUUGUGCUUCGUCAAUAAUUAUCAUCUUCAUCCUGCGCGUCCUUAUUGUUUCACUACCCGCUAGUCCCCCC